UUCAUUUGUGCAUGCCAUUUUCCGAAGCAAAGUUGUCAUUUCAAUACCAAGUUAACAAUUAUGGCUGGAACAAAUUUUCUAAGGACCAUCAAAGUUUUAACAUGGAUUUAUUUGGAGUGCAAUGCUGCCAUUUCUCCAUUAGAUGAGGCAUAUACAGCAUCAGUCGGGAGUGAUUUCACAAUUCCAUGGACAUAUGACAAUGAAGCAGACAUGUAUUUUGUCACCUGGACAUUUAAACCUCUAUUAUUAGCUACACCAACAACAAUCAUGUCAACAUUUGGAACUUCUGCUGCAGUCAAGAACAAUAACUUCAACGUACAGCAUGUCUCAAACGGAAAAAUUAAAUUGAAGUCUGUUACUAUUGAAAAUGCAGGCAUUUACUAUUGUACAGUGGAUUAUUUUCUAGCAUCUGGUCUUCCAUCUUGGACAGGAACAGCUACGAUUUCAGUUACAGCUUCAAUGUCCCAUGAGGGAGGUAUUUAAUUACCUUAUCGCACGUCUGCUCGUCGGUAUCUGUAUCAUGCAAUUUAAAGACAUUUUCUGCAGUUUUAUGAAAAUUUAACCCUUUCAUAGAAUUUUCUUAUUUUUUAAGUAUGAUCAGUAAAAUUUAAUGGUGAAUUCAAAAAUAAAAAGAAAACUAUAUGUUGACGUGUUGGAUUUCUUGUAAAAUGGCAGUUUCCAUGGUAACCGUUUAUCUAAAAACUGUCAAAAUAGCCAAACUGUGUAAUAACAAAUAGAAAAUGUAUAAGAUAGCUUAAUACACAGAACAAGCAUUGUUUUAUGCAAAGAUAACCUAAUCCAAUGAUUCUGAAUAAAACAAAUGAUAAUCUGAACAUAUUUCUUUAAAAAUGAGUUUCCCAUGCUUCGUUAAAUGAACAAAAAAUUAGAAAAAUAAACACGAAUUCUGUGAAUAAUUAAAGAUAUUGAAACAUUUCUUUCAUAAGAUUUCUAAAUUUUUUGUAUGUUGUGUAAAAUUUAAUAACGAAUUCAAAAAUACAAAGAAAAAUAUAUGUUGGCGUGUUGGAUUUUUUGAAAACUGGCAGUUUCCAUGGUAACCGUAUAUUUCAAAAUUGUCAAAAUAGCCAAA